CCCGGCUCCGGCCCGCCCUCCGUCUGCGGCUUCACCGACGGGAAGGCGAGUGGUGCCGGCAGUCGGAGUUCUCCGCGCUUCAGUGUCUGGGAAACUUGAGUCGCUUACCGGGACACAUCUGUCCCCUGUCCCGAGGGGCGCUCCGGUGGAGGGAAGUGUCCCCGCGCUCAGCGGCAGGAUGGCGCGGACCCUGAGACCCGACGACAUCAACCCCCGGACGGGGCUGGUGGUGGCUCUGGUCAGCGUCUUCCUAGUGUUCGGCUUCAUGUUCACCGUGUCUGGCAUGAAGGGAGAGACCCUGGGAGAUAUCCCGCUGCUGGCCAUCGGGCCAGCCAUCUGCCUGCCGGGCAUCGCCGCUAUUGCCCUCACCAGAAAGACCGACGGCUGCACCAAAUGGCCCGAGGACAUGCGUCCGUGUUGUAAGCGAGUGAAGGACCGAGAUGUCAUGGAGCUGCUGAGGACCCCCUCAGACCUGGAGUCUGGCAAGGGGAGUUGUGACCAACUGGCCAAGAAAGCAUACCAGAGAGACAGGAGAGUGCUACGGGGUGAGGAGAAUUCCGUGUUCGUCUGCACCACCGCCGCUGCCACCAUGGGAGAAUGCAGCAGCCUCAUCAGUAAAGUGGAACAGGAGGACAUGCUGAAAUACCUGGAGACCCCUUACCCACAGAUGCCGGUGACUCUGUGUGUGGGAGAUGGCUCCACAUACAGUGCCUUGGAGAAGAAGAGCUCUUCUCCCAGCAGGGACAGCACUGCUUGCCCUGAAAUUGAAGACAACAUUUUUGUGGCACCUAAAGACAGUAUCAUUGUCUGUUCUUACAAGGACAACAGCCCUUAUGACAGAUACUGUUGUUACAUAAACCCUACCGGAAUCAACUCAGACCAGGAAAGCAUAGUGUGAAAGACAUAUACUUUACAUAUAUGUGUGUAUACAAAAACUGCAGCUUCAACUUCUUGAUAGGGGAUAAUAUAGCUGACUACACUGCAUGGGACAAUCCUGAUACUAUUUCAAUUUAACCUGGUAUGUGACUGACUCAAACCUUUUGUGCCUGAAAUACUCUUUCUGUAAGUAAACAAGCAUGUUUAGAGUUAAAGAAUUCCAUUCUUCAUUUUGGGGGAAAAAAAAAUUACAUUUUAAUUUUAUUUUCUCCCUUUCUCUCCCUUCUGUUUUUCUGCUGCCUACUGUAGGAAGCCUGUAGGCAGCCUGGCAGGAGGGCAGUGGCUGUCAGCUGGGAUCAAGAGCUGAAUCAGACUCAAGCUGUCUGUGGGAAAGAAUGUGGUGCUCUAUAGCUGAAUGAAUCUUUGAAAUACUGUCACUUCAUUUUGGGAGGGAUUGAGAGAUGUCAACAUGCACUUCAGUAGAUGGCUGAUGUCAGGGAGUGUAGAAGUGAUUUGUCCCCCUUCUUCUUCCUGACAAGAUUUUAUUUUCCUCUGUAUCAAGAAAUCAAUGUGCUGACCCUGUGGGCUCUUCUAAAAGUCUCCUAGGAACCAGAUAGACCCAGAGGACUUUUCAAAGGCUAAUCCAUCAUCAAUAGCAUGCAACACAGAUGUGUUAGCUUAAUUCUCCACUGGUCUUGACUUCACUGGAAUGUUUCUAACACUUUGGGAUUUUAUAGGCAUACUUGACAAGGAGAUUACAACAUGAUCAUGACACAGUUCUCACACAGACUUAGAAGCAGAUGUCAGUGGACUUAGGCCUUUAAAAUGUAUUUCAGUACCUCAAAAGUUGCUUAGGGAAAGACUUCUAUGAAUUAUGUGCAGAGCAGGAUCUUACCCUUCUGAAAAUGCCAUUUUCUUGUGCCUUUUCUAAAAUGCCAGAUGUUUCUGUAUGGGUGAUGCAUGGUUACAGUCCAGUCAGAGGUCUCAAAACCAUGCUUUUCUGUGGGGAGGGAAGAGAGGACCUGACUGACACAUUUUUGCUCACAGCUUGUGGAUAUGUAGCAAGAAAAUAUGAAGCAAGUAAUGAGGAUUAACCUGGCUCAUUCAAAAUCUGAGCCUGCAGUUAACAUGCAGAAACACAAAUCCCAGCUAUUCUGUCCAACAGUAAAUUGCAUUUUCCAUGCUGUGUAUAAAAAUCUUAACUGACCUCUACUAACUAGGUAUCAGAGACAUGGUGUAACACAAUGUACAUACUAAGCAGCUGCUCCAAGGGGUAAGGUCUUAGGUUGCUAAAGCACAGAGUUAGCACCUCACAAAGCCCCAGUUCCUAUAACUAAACUCUCACAGCUUCAAAAAGUUCCUGUGUGAUGCAAGUCUUACUAACUGUCUCUACUUAGCUGGUUUUUGUCAACCAUAAAUUGUACCAGAUAAAUGUUUUGAAUUACCACAAUAGGAAACAAGAAAAACAGGCAUUCUUUUGUAGCAACCUCAGAUGUUGUGUAGAAAGUGCAAAAGAAUUUUGCACUGAAAUGAGCUUUCCCUGCCCACGUAAUUGUCUGGAUACUGAAUGUAAAUAUUAUGCAUACACUUGUGUGUUUGUUUGUCUGUUUAGAAACUUACUUCAAGUAGUAACAGUCGGCCUGUCUCUGAAAAGCUUUCCAGAAGGAGGAAACAAAAUUUUUUACAUUGGAUAGUUUGAUUUCUUUCAGACCAAACAAGAUCUAAAGCUUUGGUCACACUUUAGCAUCAGGAUGCUAUUAGGAUACAUUCAAAAAACACUAGCUAGUUUGAGUCAGGUAAAGCGUCUCAAUAGGUGGUUACUAGCAGCUUUGCUGCUCAGGCAUGCAGGAAGAGUACUGUGGUAGUAAAUAAACCCUUGCACUCUGUCCAGCCCAAGUUUUAUUCGCUGAGCAAAGGAAUUCCACAAGACAGACCCUCUCUCUGACAUAUUCAGCUCCCACUUCCACAUAAAAGCACUCUGUUGUCAGCAGCUUGCCUCCUGCAAGCUUAGUCACUGUAGGACCUUAUUCUGCAGAGUACAGAGCAGGUCUUUGAUGGUACUGGGAAAUCUUACUUCACAACCUCUGAAGCCAACAGCUAAAAUACUGGUGAUGAACAUGAUGAGGAAUAGAAUCUUUUGCUUUCUGUUUCCAAGGAAAGCAGAUGAGGAUCUUGGUGUGUGCUCAUGUGUGCUCAGCAUCCCUGAAGAUCAGACCCAUCAUGAGAAAACAGGCUACUGGGUAGCUGUGUGCUGCCUUUAACAGGGUUGUGAGCAAUCACUCGCAUAAGAGAGCAAAGCAUCAGACUGCUGGGAACCUAGAUUUGUACGGAUCUGCAAAUAUAUAUCUAUAUAUAUGGGAAGAGGUCAAGUUUUUCCAUUUUUUCUAGGAUUACAUAUUCUCUGUCAAAAGUUAUAUGGGGUUUUUCAAGAUAAGACAGCAAACUCUAGUGAUAAAUGGAAUGGUGAAUAUCUAACUUGAGAUAAAGACAUGCAGAUCUGAGUCACAUGCGUUAUUCCAUUCUUAGCGUAAAAAAUCCAGAACGUCUGUAUUAAAGCAAAGUUUAAUGGGAGUGAAAACUUCCCACAAUAUAUAAAGAUAUAUUAAAAAAAUAUGGUUUAAAUGUGAUAUUUACAAGCAAUUUCAUCCCUCUAAUUCAUUUUGCUGAGGUAAGAUCUCUUAACAAACUACACCUUUAGGUAAUAUUUCUAGGCUAAUCCACCAUGAUCCACUAAAGUUUUUUAUUGAACAUGUGACAAUUUGAUGUUAAAGAAAUAUAUUAGUAUG